CGGGGGCUCCGUUCUAGGUCGAGUGUCCAUGUCGCUGCCGCGGUGCGCACUGCGCUGGGCCUGGCUCCCGGCCCGGGUGGUCCCCGUGCUGCGGCGGGGCCGGGAGCCGGGGCCUCGGACGCUGGGCCGGGCUACGGCCGGGGCCUGGUCUUCCUCCUCCUCUUCCUCCUCCUCCUCCUCCUCAGGCGGCUCCAAGGCUCCCAACACGUCCCUCUACGUCCCGCUGCCCGUGAAGCCGCUCGGACCCAGCGCCGCGGGCGACGUGGGAGCCGAGCUUACGCGGCCUCUCAACAAAGCCGAAGUCAGGAAAGUCUUAGACAGAUUUUACAAGAGGAAAGAAAUACAGAAGCUGGGCGCCGAUUAUGGUCUGGAUGCCCGACUCUUCCACCAAGCUUUCAUCAGUUUUAGAAAUUAUAUCUUGCAGUCUCAGUCCUUGGAUGUGGACAUUCACAUCACACUGAAUGAUAUCUGCUUCAGCGCAGCUCACGUGGAUGAUCUUUUCCCAUUCUUCAUGAGACACGCAAAGCAGAUGUUCCCGAUGCUGGCUUGUAAGGACGAUCUCCGUAAAAUCAGCGAUUUACGCCUUCCACCCAAUUGGUACCCAGAAGCCAGAUCGAUUCGGCGGAAGAUAGUGUUCCAUUCUGGCCCGACCAACAGUGGGAAAACCUACCAUGCUAUCCAGAGAUACUUGACUGCCAAGUCUGGGGUUUAUUGUGGCCCUUUAAAGCUGUUGGCCCACGAGAUCUUCGAAAAGAGUAAUAAUGCUGGUGUGUUAUGUGACUUGGUAACAGGGGAAGAACGGGUGGUCGCCGACCCAGAUGGAAAACCAGCUGCCCAUGUAGCCUGCACUGUUGAGAUGUGCAGUGUCACAUCUUCUUAUGACGUGGCUGUGAUUGAUGAAAUUCAGAUGAUUAAAGAUCCUGCUAGAGGAUGGGCCUGGACCAGAGCACUCCUGGGGCUCUGUGCAGAAGAAAUCCAUUUGUGUGGAGAAGCUGCCGCUAUUGACAUUGUGACGGAGCUGAUGUAUACCACGGGGGAGGAGGUGGAGGUUCGGAAUUAUAAUAGACUUACCCCCAUCACUGUGUUGGAUCAUGCUCUCGAAUCUUUAGAUAACCUUCGCCCUGGGGACUGCAUCGUCUGUUUUAGCAAGAAUGACAUUUACUCUGUGAGUCGUCAGAUUGAAGUUCGGGGCUUGGAGUCGGCUGUUAUAUAUGGCAGUCUCCCCCCUGGGACAAAACUUGCUCAGGCGAAAAAGUUUAAUGAUCCUGAUGAUCCGUGCAAAAUCCUGGUGGCGACUGAUGCGAUUGGCAUGGGGCUGAACUUGAGCAUAAAAAGAAUUAUUUUUAACUCUCUCAUAAAGCCCAGUAUCAAUGAGAAAGGGGAGAAGGAAAUGGAGCCCAUCAGCACCUCGCAGGCCCUGCAGAUCUCAGGCAGGGCUGGCAGAUUCAGCUCCAAGUUUAAAGAAGGGGAGGUCACUACCAUGUAUCCAGAAGACCUGAAAUUACUGAAAGAGAUUCUGAAUAAGCCUGUGGAGCCAAUAGAGGCAGCUGGCCUUCAUCCUACCGCUGACCAAAUUGAAAUGUUUGCGUACCAUCUCCCCGAUACGACUCUCGCCAAUCUUAUUGAUAUCUUUGUGGACUUCUCCCAAGUUGAUGGGCAGUAUUUUGUCUGCAACAUGGAUGAUUUCAAAUUCUCAGCAGACCUCAUCCAGCACAUCCCCCUGAGCCUGCGGGUGAGAUACGUGUUCUGCACGGCCCCCAUCAACAAGAAGCAGCCGUUUGUCUGCUCUUCCCUGUUACAGUUUGCGAGGCAGUACAGUCGGAAUGAGCCGCUGACAUUUGCCUGGUUACGCCGCUAUGCCAGGUGGCCCUUACAACCGCCAAAAAACAUCAAGGACCUCGUGGAACUGGAAGCCAUCCAUGACGUUCUGGAUCUCUACCUGUGGCUCAGCUACCGAUUUGUGGACAUGUUCCCUGAUGCCAGCCUCGUCCGAGACCUCCAGAAAGAACUCGAUGGCAUCAUUCAGAAGGGUGUGCACAACAUCACCAGGCUGAUUCGCAUGUCUGAGUCCCAGCGUAUGUUGAACUUGGACAGUUCCCCAGCAGGAAAGCAGGGCCAGCUGCUGGGGGCUGCAAAGCCCAGCUUGGGAGAAGCUGUGGACACCGCCAUGGCUGAGAGUCUGUCUUCAAAGUCCUUGGCCUCGAAGUUGGUGCGUCAAGGCCGGCUCACCCCACACAUGCUGAGGCAGCUGAGGAAAGAGUGGUUGAAGCAGCAGACGGAUGAGGAGAGGGCCAGGGCUGAGAACGGCAGGCACUCAGAGAGGAUGAGGAGGAAGAAGAACGACCCAAACGCUCACUAGAUUUUUAGUAAAAAAUUAAAAACAGCCUCUGUUUUGAAAGCCUUUUCUGGUUCGCUUUCUGUGGACGGAGGUCAUGGGGGCCCCUGCUGGCGGGCCUGGUCACCCCAACCCCUUCACCCUGCGUUGUCUUAGAUCAGGAGAUUUGUCCUGAGUAACAGAAAUUUGUGGUAUGUAUGUCACCGCCUCUGUCUCUAGACUGUUGAUGUAUGAAUCGUUUUCAUUUCACACAGAUCUUCCCAGGUUUCCUUGAAACCUUCUCUUUCAUCCUCCCUUCCAGCACAGUGAUGUUCCAUUAUGUUCAUUUGUUCACUGUUCCCCAGUUGAUGGGCACCCCUUUCUUGUCCAGUUUUUUGCUACUACCAAAAGAGCUGCUAUAAAUAUUUUUAUACCUAUGGAUCCUGUUCUUUCUCUUUGGUCUUUUUUUGGUACCACUGGGUCAGAGGGUCUGCACAGUUCAGUGACUUGUGGGCCGUAGCUUCAAACAGUUUUCCACGUUGUCUGGACCCAUAUUGGGCUUAGUGGGCCUGCUUUCCUGCAGCCCUCCCAAUAAUUGUCAUUUUCCUUCUUUGCCAGUCUGAAGGAAAGGUAAGAGGUAGAAGCUCAGAGUUGUUUUAGUUUGCAUAUUUAUGAUUUAUUGAUGAUUCAGAACAUUUUUUCAAAUGGCUGUUUAUAGCUUGGAUUUCUUCAUUUGAAAGCCUCUGAAGCCUGUAAAAGAACAUUUCUAUAGCCACUGAGCCACAGGCCUAUACCACCUGGUCAGUCCUUAAAACCACCCAUCACAUUGUUGGACCAGGAGCUCUCAUCCCGAUUCUCUGCAGUGUUUUCACACCACCCUUUGAAUACUUUAGAAUGAAACCCUGAUUAACAAUGUUGUAUCCCUGGAGUAUCCAAGAAAACUUUGGUUCAUCCCUAGUUAAAAUCAGAAUGAAAGGCUAUGGUGAAACUGGGCUGAUGCCCCCUGGAUUAACCUUUCACAUGAGGAAGUGAUGGGAAGGACUGUGGAUUGGAAUUCAGAAGAACUGCACUUAACUGCGGUUUGGUUACUUGCUCCUUGUAGCCAUGAGCUACCCCUCCCCCCACCCUGGACGUUGGUGUCUCUAGGUGAGCUCUGUAGCCCAUCCUCUCCUGACUCUCGGUCCUGCCUGUCAGCAGCCCUCUGAAUUUGGGGUGGACCCCCAUGUGCCCUAGAACUGAACUGGCUUUGGUUCGGGUGGACACCAUUCCCUUCCUAUGGACGCCAUUCACUAGGACAGAGUUGAUUGAUAAGAGUACGUCAUGAAAGGUAAUAUAACGUUUAACUGAGAUGACAAUCAUCAGUCUUCUAACCUUUGCCUUCUGAGGAACUAAGGCUGAAUGUGCCUCUUCAUCUGGAAGGGUGUGGUACUCCUUCCGGUUUGUGUUUGGCCAAACUCCUCAGCCUCUAGAGUUCCUUUGGGUUUUCCCCUUGCUUUGGAGCAUAGUAGAAAGUCAUGUUCUUCCUCUCUGGAAACUUCCUAGAAUGGGCCUAACCUGAUUGCAUUUCUUGAUUGUGAUGACAUGCAUCUUUGAAAUAAGGUUCUUCCAGCCCUCUUCCCACUCCACAUACUCAUUAUUUUAGAGGUGGGGACUCACGCUGUGGCUUGGGGAAGUCGCUGAAAUCUGAGUUUCAAGUGUAUGAGUUGGAAAAGGGGCCACGAGGAAGGGCUUGAACAUGAUUGGACAGGACGAGGAAACUUGGAGAAACAGCUCUUCUCUUGCCCUUGAAUCAAGGAGAAAGAACCAUUCCUUAAACCUUGAGUUUGCCAAGGUGGGUGAAGGUGUGCUGGGGGAAGCUGCUUCCCAGAGUUCAGGGUGUGGCUGGGGGUGAGGGUCAGCAAUAGCCACACCUUUGCUCUUUCAAAGAAAUUUGCUAAUCAUCGUAGACCUGUUUCUUGUGUGAAGUUUUCUUUCAUCUCCAUCUGAGGUAAGGGAGUUGUAUUGGUUGGAAUAUAGGCCACGCCCUUAACAGGAGCCAUCUUUGAAAGGAAGACAAUAGAAUAUAUGCUGAUAAGUGAUUAUACUAGUCACCAACCACAUCAAGUUCUCUCUGUGUGUGUAUAUAUAUAAUAUAUAUUUUAUAUAUGUUACACUGAUCACAUCAAGAGACAUAUGUGUGUGUGUCUGUGUAUAUAUACGUAUAUGUACAUGCACACACUUGACUGUGAAAGUUUAUGUAUAUUUAUUUAAAAUUAAAAUGCUUUAUCCCUUUUUGACGCUGC